UCGUCACACCUUUAUCUUACUCAAGAGAAUACGAACGUUUAGUCAAGUCAAGUCUUUGUGCCGUUAUUCUGUCGUUGAGCAGCAAAGAUGAGGUCUGCGUUCAGGCUGACAGUUACAUUAGCUACUGUUAUGAUGUUUAUGCUGAUGUUUGAACAAGACGUAGAUGCCCGCUGUGACGAUCCCUGGGAAUCUUUUGGUGGACACUGCUACAAGUACUUUGAAAAGACUGUAACUCAUUAUGCCGCACAGACUACGUGUAAACACCAAAGAAGUUAUCUUGUUGAAAUCAGCUCUGAAGAAGAAAACUCGUAUGUUCGUGAUUUUCUUCAGAAAAAAGGAGUUGAAAAGGUGUACAUGGGAAUAACCGACAUUCAUAGAGAGGGCCACUGGAUGUACAGCAAAGCAAGGCAGAGCGUGAAGUACACUCACUGGUGUCCAGGGGAGCCGAAUAAUUUAGGCGAAGAGGACUGUGCCGUAAUUGAAAAAAACGGGCAUUGGAACGACAUCAGCUGCCGCUCUAUCUAUCCUUUUAUUUGUGAAAAAUAGAGCUGGCGCUAACAUUACAAAAAUGUCAGGGAAGAGUGGUAAGAGGAGACAAUGUCAUGCAAAGCUUUGGAAGAAUGAAGCAGGAAAAGCUUCACAAGUUCUCCGUCAGCACCUGAUGAAGAACUCUAGUGAAUGAUGCCCUUGGCUCCACCUGUCUCCAGUAAAGGCUCUUAGUUCACUUGUUUCUUGCCAAGGCACUUCAAUGUUGUUGUGCAACUUUACUGUGAUUAUCGUUUCCUCGUUACAUUAAAUGUUUCCUUGUGAUCUCACCUUUGUUUGUACGGAUUUGCGUGUUGGACAUCCCACUUUCUUGUGGCCAGCUUUGUGUGGAGAGAGAACACGUCUCCUCCCUUUCGUUGCUCAACCUAUUUUCCGAUGUCAGUUUAAAGAGUUUGAAUACCACACAUAUCAUCAAAAAUCCAUUUACCUUCAACAAAAUAUUUGGAUUUGGGAUAGAAGGGCAAGAAAGGGUUUAUCGAAAAUUCAGACCGACUAAGCCUUUACGUCUUGACACAUCAACAAAGAAAGACAUUUUCUUUCCUCUUCUUUACUGUCAAACAAAUACCUGAAUCUCUACACCGAUAUUUAAGAAAAAAUUGUAUAGCAGCAAGAACAUUAUCACCAAAUUACACUUCUUUGUUUCAGUAAUCAUACAUGGGCAGCCAUGUUUUACAAUUUAGACAAGUUUGUGUCUCAUGUCACGUAUUCUGAUAUUGAAUGUCGGUGUCGUUCCAGCACAACAGUUGUCUCUAACACUGACUGCGUGUGUAGCAAGUUGUUCUUGUAUCAAAAUAUGUUCUACAUUAUAAUAAACUAUUUCGUUUCUAUGAA